AUGCCGCACACGAAUAACAAGAACAGGGAGAGGGGAUUUGAUGGACGGGGCGGCGGUCUGGCGCGACUGAGGGGACGAGGCGGCAGAGGUGGAUUCGCGGGGCGAGGCCGCGGGGAUGACGGAGCUCCUACUUCGCCACCGCCGCGCGCUCCCGCCACAUUCAAGUCGCGCUACUCGAUCGAAGCGAAAUCGCCUCAGGCGGGCGACAGGAAGCGCAAACGAUCCGAUUCAUCGCCCCCUCCUCGAGGAAAUGCAGCAUCAUCUUCAUCUUUUGCUGGCCGAGGUGGUGGCCGAGGAGGUCGUGGUGGGCGCGGUGGCCGAGGCCAGGUCGAUCGGCCCAGCAGCAACAAGACCCCAUCUCUCGCCGCCCUACGCGCACAAUCGGCCUCGGGCGAUCGGAAAUCACCCGCUACUCGCGAUUUCAAGUCACAAUCGCGAUUCCAAGAUGCUGACGAUGAUGCGUCCUCCUCGAAGAUGAAGUCAAAGCAACAGUCGCGCCCUAAUCAGCGAUUCAACGAUUCAAAGCCAUCUUCGAGGCCGGCGGCCAAGCCGGCCGCGACCAAGCCGGUGCUGCAGCUGUCGAAGGAGGAGCAGGAGGAGCUCAAGCCGCUCAUCAAGGCCCUGCGGAACCGCAAGCAGUUCCACAUGCUCAAGGCCCUCAAGCGCCUGCGCAAGCUCGAGGAGAAGGACAAGCCGCUGCCCAAGACGAAGGCCAAGAAGGGCGAGGCCGCGCCGCCGCCGCCGCCGCCCGAAGAUGCGGCCGCCAAGCUCGAACGCAAACGGACCAUGGCCGCGCUCGAGCAGGAAGUCGAAGAGAUCAAGACUCUGGAUCUGCAGCAGGUGAUCGACCGAGCGCUGGCGCGGCCGGGCGUGAAGCCCCAGCCCUUCGCUUCGCCCGCGCACGCGGAGCUGGCGGAGAAGAUGCUCACCUCCAAGGCCGUGCUCGACGCGCUCGUCAUCUUCCGCCCGCUGCCACUCUCCGCCGCCGCCGUCAGCCGGCCCGCGCCGGCCGUGCGCGCCGUCAACUUUGCGGCCCUCAAGCCGAGCACCAGCACCACCACGACCACUACCAGCGAGAGUGUCGACAGCAAAUGGCCAGUGCCGACAGCGAGCGGCGAGGGCGAGGUGAUGAACAGGAAGGCGAGGCGGGAGGAGGAGCGGAAACGGCUGCUGCAGAGCGACAUCGAGAAGCUGAUGAACGCGAACGCGCAGCCGGCGUCGGCGCCGAUGCAGCAGGAAGGCGAGGCCGAAAGCGAAAGCGAAAGCGAAAGCGAAAACGAAAGCGAAGAGGAGGAGGAUGAAGAGGAGGAGGCAAGCGACGACGCUGAUGGCAAUGAAGAUGAAGAGGGCGAGCAGGAGGAAGUCAGCGUGGAAGAGGGUCAGCCGAGGAAGAGAGCGAGGCUGGACUUGGCUGCCUCGACGGCCGACGACGACGACGACGACGACGACGAAGACGACGACGUGAUCGAUUUCGAUAGCAGUAGACUCGCCUUCAGCGACGAUGAAGAUGAGGAUGACGAGGGCGAGCGAGACGAUGGACCCAAGCAGCGCGGGGAGAACAGCGACUGGAGCGGCGAAGAAGACGAUGACGAGUUUCCCUUCGAGGAGCCGUCUGACCUCGAUGACGACGACAAAAACGAAGACGAAGAAAAGAACGAAGAAAGCGAAGAAGACGACGACGAAGUGAUCAACUUCGACAGCAGCAAGGUGGCCUUUAGCGACGACGAAGAUGACGGAGAGGGCGAGCAGGACUUAGGACCCAAGCAGCGCGGGGAGAACAGCGACUGGAGCGGCGAAGAAGACGACGGCGAGUUCCCCUUCGAGGAGCCGUCUGAUGACGACGAGAACCAGAACGACGACGAUGACGACGACGAUGAAGUAAUCAAUUUCGACAGCAGCAAGGUGGCCUUCAGCGACGACGAAGAUGACGAAGAGGACGAGCAAGGCGCGGGACCCAAGCAGCGCGGGGAGAACAGCGACUGGAGCGGCGAAGAGGACGACGACGGCGAGUUCCCCUUCGAGGAGCCCUCCGACCAUGAUGACGUUGACGACGAAGACGUCGGUGCACAGCGAGCAGAGGCGUCGGCAUCUGCGGAGAUGGACGUGGAUGAAGAGGAAAGCUCUGACGAGCAGGAGAGCGCUGACGAGGGCGCGGCUUCCAUGUUCCUGGAAACGAUGGGCGACUUCGCCAGGAAGGCCAGCCACGGCGGUGCCACCCAACGCAAGGCGGCCGUGGAGCGAAAGCCGGUCGCCAAGCGUGAACCCAAGCCUCCCGCACCUCCGAGAGGGAGCGCGGCGGCGGCGGCGGCGAAGCAGCCGUUCGAUGCGAGGCGCGCGGAGAUGGCGCGGGCGGCCCUGGCGGCGGCGCGGCCGGUGGUGAUGCUCGACAAGGAGAACAAGACGCGGCACAAGAGCAACACGCAGCGCGACUCGGACAAGGCCCGGCGACGACGCAAGACGAGCAACAAGUGCCAGGACGAGCACAUCUCGUGGACCCUCAAGCGCAAGGCGCGCGAGCGGCAGGCCACCACCAUCUUCCGCGGCCAACGCGUCGUCUUUGAGUGA